UAUUACUUCAAUUAAAUAUAAAACAUCAAUAAUUCACACUACAGUUAUGGAUGUAAAUAUAAUGCGUCGUGACAAACUCUUACUCCAAUCAAAUAGUUUCUAUGGUGAUAUACUGCAAAGAAUAAUAUUAAUGCUGUUCCAUAUCGAUUCUUGAAGAAAGCACAACUUACUCUUUUCUAACGUUGUCGUGAUUUUAAAGAUAUGGAUUGUUAAAAUUACUAGGAUAUUGUAGCUGGCUAAAUAUGGGAUGUUUACCUGGAAGUCUGAAUUAAGAUUCAAACUACUGUUUUGCUCAAUGACUUUUAUAAUGGGUUGUUCCUCGUCACGUGCAUCACAUAUUAAGGUACCACGUACCUACGAUGAUGUCAGAUCUCCUGAAGAGAAAGAUGGCGACAAUAACGGAAGAGGAGUGCCGGAUGGACAAGAGAAAUACACCGACGUCCGCGAGCGUACGAUAACACAUCAAGAAACGGUCCGAAAAUAUCGCCAGUGCCAAGUUACACAGAGUACCUAUAUAUCUGAAUCUACGACAUCUUUAGAACAAAGUCUGACAUGAAAACAAUUCGAAAACUAGACAUUUCCUUUAUAGAAACUUCUGAAUGGUGAUGCAUAUUAAAUGCCGCAUUUGUUAACAACGAAAGUAAACAAGACAUAUGAUUAUAAAACUAGCUUUCGUCUAUUGUUCAGUCAAAAAUAAUAAAAUUUCUAAUAAGAUCCCCUGUAAGCAUAGAACGCAACCAAGCAACAGCAUUCUGGGAUAGACCUGGUUUGUUCAUGAGAGGUAAUGAAAUGCGCAGCGCCCCCUAGCGUCGGCUUAAAGCGGAAUUUUAUUUAAGUAAAACUGAACGUACUCCGUCAUCCAAAAAGGACCAGAAAAUAUAACAACCUUGAGUCUAUUUCCUUUUUUUGGGGGGAGUGGGGGUGCAUUUAUAUAUACUACACUAAGCCUGGUAUAUUAGAAAGAAUGAUUGAAUGAAUGAAUGAAUGAAUGAACGAAGGUCAUAUGUAAGGUCAUAUAACUCGAAAGAGAAGUCAAACGGAGAGAAAAACGCUAAAAUAUCAUUCAACUUUCCUAUAGACUUACUGAAAAACAAGUGGAUGAGGAACAUUAUUUCAAAUUGACAAGGAAAUUUGUCUUGCCAAGGAAUUAAACUGGUUAUCUGCCGAUUCGUAUAGCGAGGUUAUUAUGUCGAACUAAUACUUUGUUUUAUUCAAAUGUGAUCAAUCCGAUUUUGAAUGAUGAUGUAAUAAAUAUGUUCAAAACUUUAUUAUCUGAUCAUUGACACUUACUGAUGUUCAUUGGGUGCUUAAUGCAUGUUAGAUUUUGGCACUAGAUUUAUUUCUAAAAAUUUAUUAAUUAAAGAACGACUCCAUUUCAUUCGUGAAAUUCAUUACAAAUAGAAGUUUGUGAAAUAUUGUUAUUACCUCCAAUUUGCCUAUGACCACAAGCAACACGUGUUUUAAAACCUUCUGUGUUUUUAGAUUAUUGGAACACCUAAACAUCAAUCCGUUGGAAAUGUAAAACUAGAAAAAAAAUACUGAAAUAAGAAGAAAUUCUCAACUUCUUAAAAGUCAGCAAGUAAAGACACAUGUUAAUGACAGAUUAUGACAGCUUAUGUUCAGUCAGAAUGUGCAAAUUUAAGUGAUUAGGUCAAGUAAAGCUGUCUUGAUUUGUUUAGCUGUAAGACUUUAUGAUUUGACAAAAUGGCGAGGUGAUGACAUUAAAUGCCAUGUUGCUAUGUUACCCUAUUUUCUACAUAAAGUCUGGUUAUUUUGUUGUGAUUUCAGUUUUACUGGUCAAUGAAAAAUAUACCAUUCUGAGAUUCGGUAAAAAUAGACAGUCAGGAGGAAGAAUAGAUUUGGAUU